GGCUGCUCGGCAACGCCGGCUUGAUCCCCGGGCUAUAAAACCAGUCCACGGUGAGCGCGGAGGAGCAGCAGCGGCUCUGGCUUAGGUGCAGACGCCCAGCAGCCGGCGUGCCGCCUCCCCGCCACCCCCAGCGCCUUCUCCCCCCAACCCUGAGCUCCUGCCCCAACUCACGCUGCCUUCGGACCCCAGCCUGUCCAGCCCCGCUCAGUGCCCGCAAAGCGCCGGGCCGACGCCCAAGAGACCCUCUGCCUCGGCCGCGGCUCCUGGAGGGCCGAUCGCCCACCCGCCCCGGCCCGCCUGAGGACUGGGGCGCCUUCAUGCGGCCCCCACACCCCUCACCCUGUCGCUGCCGCCGCCUCCGAGCUCCUUGCGCUGUGUCCCAGCCCCAGCAGGGCACGCAAGUUUGGAAGUCCCGCGGCGCUCCGAGAAGCGGCAGAGUCCGCACCCUGGCCCCAGCCCGGGCCCCUUCGGCCCCGCCGCGUCUGCGGGAAGCAGGAGAGCCGGGAAUUGCUUCAGGGAUGUAAGGAGACAGACAUAGGACCCCAAGCCCGCAUCAGCACCCCUCGUCUGCCUCCUGGGGUGGGGGCGGGCCCCUCGCACGGUAAGACCUCUUGCUUUCGUUCACGCUCAAGAGUCAGGAGAUUUUAUAUGUAGAUAGAUAAUUUCCUGUCAUCUUUCCAAGUCAUCAAGCCACCGAUGAUUUUUGUUCUUAUUGAAGAAUAAAUCACUUUCCCCAUCGGCCCUACCUACUCUCUCCUGCCGCUUAGAAAUAAAACUUGGCGGUGUUUAGGGGCUGAGAGCGAGACGGCGCCCACCCUGAGCGCCCGAAGCACAAGCCAGGCGCCGUUGGUGGGAGCCCGGCCCAUGGGCCCAUAGCGGCCCCGCAGUUCGGCCCGGCGUUCCUGCGGCCCCCUCCCCAUGUGAAGCGCGGCAGGGCGAGCGGGGCGCGGGAGGAAGAGGAGGAUCCACGGGCUUCGAGCCGGAAGGCAGCUGGCAGCCGGCCCAGGUAAGCGGGCACCCGCGUUCAUGUUCCGCCAGGAGCAGCCGCUGGCCGAGGAGGGCAGCUUCGCGCCCAUGGGCUCCCUGCAGCCGGACGCGGGCAAUGCAAGCUGGAACGGGACCGAGGCGCCGGGGGGUGGCGCCCGGGCCACCCCUUACUCCCUGCAGGUGACGCUGACGCUCGUGUGCCUGGCGGGUCUGCUCAUGCUGCUCACCGUGUUCGGCAACGUGCUGGUCAUCAUCGCCGUGUUCACCAGCCGGGCGCUCAAGGCGCCCCAGAACCUCUUCCUGGUGUCUCUGGCCUCGGCCGACAUCCUGGUGGCCACGCUCGUCAUCCCUUUCUCGCUGGCCAACGAAGUCAUGGGCUACUGGUACUUCGGCAAGGCGUGGUGCGAGAUCUACCUGGCCCUCGACGUGCUCUUCUGCACCUCGUCCAUCGUGCACCUGUGCGCCAUCAGCCUGGAUCGCUACUGGUCCAUCACGCAGGCCAUCGAGUACAAUCUGAAGCGCACGCCACGCCGCAUCAAGGCCAUCAUCGUCACCGUGUGGGUCAUCUCGGCCGUCAUCUCUUUCCCGCCGCUCAUCUCCAUCGAGAAGAAGGGCGGCGGCGGCGACCGGCCGCAGGCCGAGCCGCUCUGCAAAAUCAACGACCAGAAGUGGUACGUCAUCUCGUCGUGCAUCGGCUCCUUCUUCGCGCCCUGCCUCAUCAUGAUCCUGGUGUACGUGCGCAUCUACCAGAUCGCCAAGAGCCGCACCCGCGUGCCGCCUAGCCGCCGCGGGCAGAACCGCGAGAAGCGCUUCACGUUCGUGCUGGCCGUGGUCAUCGGCGUGUUCGUGGUGUGCUGGUUCCCCUUCUUCUUCACGUACACGCUCACGGCCGUGGGCUGCUCCGUGCCGCGCACGCUCUUCAAGUUCUUCUUCUGGUUCGGCUACUGCAACAGCUCGCUGAACCCGGUCAUAUACACCAUCUUCAACCACGACUUCCGCCGCGCCUUCAAGAAGAUCCUCUGCCGCGGGGACAGGAAGCGGAUCGUGUGAGCGCGCGGUCCCCGUCCCCCCGCCCGGCCCCCCGCGAACAGACUCGCGUGGACUGCAAGCCGCGGGGAUGGAGGGGCGCCUCAACGCAGCCCCAGGACUCCGAACCCGCCGGGGUCUGCCUAUUCCGCGUUUCCUGGCCGGUGGCCGCCCUGCUCUUUCCUACCAGGGAAAAGUACUGGUUGGGGGAGGGGCACACGCCCCCCAAUUGUUGUUAGGGCCGCUCCUGACUCCCAGCGAUCUUCCAGGGUUCUUGGGCCGCCCCUAAUCAGUAUUGUUUCCUACAGGUAUUUUCACCUCCUGUGAGUCCGGAGCAGUUCAGAGCAAGCGCUGGAGCCCAGAGGGUGUGUGGCUCACGAAGGGUUAACGAAAGGGGUUACCCAGACCUGGCGAAUUGCUUUCCCUCUCCCCCCAACUCUAUUUUUAAACAAAGCUCAGGGCAGCCCAGUCCGCCCUCCCUACCCCCACUGUAAAUAUACACUAUUUUUGAUAGUACAUGCGGGGUGGGGGAGGGGGUCCCCAAUAUCGCUUGGCUUUUGAUGUCGGAAUCCUGGCUGUUGGAGAUGCCCUCGAGGCAGACACGUUGUGUCUGGUUCAGGCCAAGUCCCUCUGCAAUGCAAGCCCUUUUCAAGUGUCAUUACCUCCCUCUAUGUCCUUUUCACCAUGGUGACUGUUCCUUUGGGCCUGGACCUGCUUUGAGAUUUCCUGGGGUGGGGGGGGAGUGGGGGGGCGGAGAUUUGUCCAUUUUUUCUCCUGUGCCUCACAGCAUAAUUGCCUUUUCCUAUGUAAAUAUUGCAAUGAUGGACCAAGACAGAAGUAAAUGAACCUUUCUGCCUUGCAUCAGCCCCGUGUAUAAAGCCAUUAUCCCCUGAGGCACCAUCGCCCCAGUAACUCACUUUAAAACCCUCUCUUUCCCGUGUCCCCUUCCUUCUUUCUCUCCGGGGCACUGCUCGAAGAAUAUGUAUGUUUCUAUUUUGUAUGUAUGUGCGUGCGCCCUUGGGUCCCCCAAAGUGCUGACUCUGGGGAAAUCUUUUAGCUGCUGUUUUUAGACACAGAGGAGUGGAAAUUAUGUGGAAGAGGCAAACCUGAUAUGAUUUGCCCAAGGUAAACAAUUGAAAAGACAAAUGAGCCUGCCAAACUGUGCAGUUCCUGCACCAAGAGCUCACAGGUAUCAAAGUGUUGUCCUUCCCCCAUCCCCCACCCCGCUGUUUUUCUGGUUGAGAUCAUGUCAUUGAUGAAUUCCCAAAGUCAACUGAGGAGGGUGGAGACCUCCUGUUUACAUCGGAGUUUCUACAUGUUUUAGACUCUUUUAAGGCCUGCGCUCUUACUUCACUAAAGAAAAAUUAAUAUCAGCACAUGUUGCUAAUGACAGUGGAUUUUUUUUUUAAAA